UAUUUGCAUUACAAAAUUCUGUGACGAUCAAACUUUACGUUUGGAAUGCUAAGAUUACUGUCAACUUAGCUUCUCUAAGUAACCAGCUGACCACCUCUAAGUUUGGGGGUUAGCCUAGCCACGAACUUAGCCAGCUCAGGAUCGACUUCAUUUGGAGAGCAAUCUCGAUCCUCUCAAUCCUAACUCAACCCUGCGCUAGCAGCCGCCAAGAAGACAGAUCUGUGCAGUUAAUGGAGAAGGUGGAGGAGUGUGAGGUUGUGAAUAUGACUGAAGAGGUGGAGAGCUCCUACAAGCAAAUGGAUGGGACCACCUCAAAAAAGAGGAAGGGCAAAGCUCAAGAAGACAGUGUUGAGAAAUCAAAGAAGCCCAGGUCUGCCUACCUGCUGUACUACUUUGAUGUUCAUCAGGCUUUGCAACAGGAAUGCCCUAAUCUGCCUCAGUCAGAGAUCAACAAGCGUAUAAGUGAGAGCUGGAAAAGGCUCAGUGUGGCUGAGAAAGCCUACUAUCUGGAGAAGGCCAAGUCUGAGAAGGAAGGCACAGACACCUCUCUCAGUCCCACCAAAGAACUCCUAGGCUUUCGCAAAAUCCUCCCCAGAGCCAGUUAUGUUCUCCUUUCUAAAGGCUUCCCAUCAAAUCACCAACUGGGAGGCUUUCAGCCAGAGAUGAGCAUGGAGUCUCUGGACCCACGAUUUGAAGGCAGCUUGCCCUCAGUAUCCCUUACCCAGGAGGCUCACUUCCUACCGCUUGGGUUGGCUGAUGAGGCGGAACUUUCCGAGCAGCCCAUUGUUAUUGAAGACAUAGUAGAGGAAACAGCAGUGGUGUCUUGUCCAGCCGCCCCCCAAGGAGUUCCAACCUCCUUUUCCUCCUCUGCUUUAUCUACCAUCUCAGCCAGUGCUCCAGCCUCCAAUGAUGUUCCCCUAGGCUCUGCUGACCUUAUGACAAGUGAAGUCAUGCUGAAAGGAAAUGAAACAAGAGUGGUUAGCAGUGCUUAUGGUGGGUCGAUGGUGCAGCAAAUACAGGCUGAAACUCAGGUGGUUGCCAUUAUACCGACCCAGAACCUGUUAGAGCCCAAGCCUUUGUCGAGCGUCAGCUCUGUGGGCCCAGUGAUGAUGGUCUCUGUCGGACCCAGUGUAGAAAAAGCCAAACCUUCAUAUAAAAUGUCUGUAAAGACGUACACCAGGAGAGGCAGAGGGAGGUGUCUGAAACCCGGCUGUUCAUUUGUGUAUGUCACUCGUCACAAGCCACCGACGUGCCCUGAAUGCGGGAGUCACUUGGGUGGAAAAUGGAUACCUGCUGAGAAGAAGACACAGGACAAAGAAGCAUUGUCCAAGUCAUCCAAAGCUGAAACUAAGCUCGAAGGCUGCCAACCUUUACCACCCUCUGCUGAAGUUGCUAAAAGUAACACAGCUGGGAACAAGAAAAAAGGGCAAAUUCAACGGAUCUCCAAAAAGCAGCGUGCAGGUCCAGCUGGAAAGCCAGCAGAGGGCAGCACCGCCAAGUCACAGGAGCAAAAUAAUCAAGUCAAAGAUAGUAUUAAAAGCACAACAGUCCAGGGUCAAGACCGAAGCAAUGCUACCGUACAGAAGAGGCCGAUGAGACCCAUACUCCCUGCCUACCAUCAACCCGGUCGUACUUUGUUCCACAUCAUAACUCUCCCUCCUGACAAGGGAAAACUGCGAACAACAAACAACAACAAAUCAUCCCCUGUGGCUCGGGAGAGUUUCUCAGGUCUCAAACCGAGCACUUUGAAGCAGCUAGGCCAGACGGUGCCAACAAUCACAGCCAAGCAGGAUGCUUCUGUCCCAGCAGUCGGAGGAGAGUCUGCGUCUUCGCUGACUGACAGGAGAGUCAAUAUUCUCUCAGUCAUGCCUUUCAAGAAGCACACUGUGUCCAGCUUUGACUUGGGCCUUUCCACAGCCAGAGGCAGGGGUCGCUGUAAGAACCCAUCCUGCGACUACAUGUAUAAGAACAGACAUAAACCUGCAGUGUGCCCUAAAUGCGGCUGUGACCUGACACAAAAAAACACCAAGGGAAUAAAGGUAAAGUCUGGGACUCUGCUGGAUCCAUACCAGGCUUUGAGUCCUGAGCAGAAAGACAUCCAACGCCAAAAUACACUACAGCUACUGCGGAAUUCUGUGCAGAUUCCUGAAAGUGAGACAGAACUCCAGGAAACGCUAAACCUCAUCCAGGAGCUCAACAAUCUCCAGAUAGUCUUGGUUCAGCCAGGUGACCAGGGACAUCAAGACAACGUAGAGACGGAAACACUGGUGCAGUGUGGGUGGCCUCAGUUCUAUGAAUCAGCAGCAACGCACUGUGGCCUGUGUAAUUUCCCUCUUUUCAAAGGAGAUCAGAGUACUAUAGCAGGACAGGAAGACUGCUGGCUGCUUACUGAGACACUGCUUCAGACAUCGUCACUUCAGCUAAAAGUGUGUCUUAAUGUUCAGUGUCUGGCUCUGCACAGCUUCACUGACUUGCAUCCAGGUUUGUUUAACAUUGGGAACAAGCUGCUGGUGAGUAUCGACUUGUUCUUGAAGAUCAGGGCCAGCAUCAAACUAGGCCAAUCCCCCUUACAGGCAGCAAGAACUGUACUGGACCACAUCCCCAUCCACCCUGCCCAUGCCCUAAGUUCAGAUGAAUUGUCUCAGAUUCAUGAGCUCCUUCUGUGUGGUUACUGGGCUUUUGAGUCUUUGACUGUUCGAGAUCACAACGACAUGAUCUGUGGCAUUUGUGGAGUUGCUCCUAAACUGGAGGUUGCACAGCGAUACACAAACAACGUUCUGGAGCUGAGGAAUGUUGAGUUUACCUGGCCUGAGGUUUCAGUCUCCGAUGAGGUGCACGUGGACGACUUCUGGCUCACCAUGGAGAGCGAAGCCAUCGAGCAGGCAGCUUUCCCCACUGACAUCCCCAUCACACGGGUAGACGCCUCCAUUGUUGCUCCCUUCAUUCCCCCUCUUAUGAGGAGUUCCACUGUUAUCAACACAGAGAAGGAUAAGGUCCUGUCACACACGGAGCAGCCUUCAGGAGAUCCAUCUGUUUUGGUGCGCCUCAUUCAUGACGGUCAGCUGAGACUCGACAAGCUUGGAGAUCACAGUGAGGAUGAGCUGAGGACAAUACUGCACCGCUGUGGGUCCAACGUCAGCCCAGACUCCACUAAGGAUGAACUGCUGGCCUCUCUGGUUUCCUUGUACACACUUGUCCAUAGUGGCAUCUCCACUGCCCCCCAGCCCCUUCCACACCUCACUGCUGGCAAGCUCUCCAAAGUCUGCCCUCACAAGGUGGUGUGUGGUUCCAAGUACUUGGUGAGAGGUGAGACGGCUCGUGACCACGUGGACCUGCUGCUGUCCUCUCGUUUCUGGCCCCCAGUCUAUGUUAGUGACUCGGCCCGUCAGGUAGCGCUUUGUGCUGACAUGCAGUAUCCAGAACUGGCAUCGCAGAUGUGGGGCAGGAACCAAGGCUGCUUCUCAGAUCCCUUUGACAAACCUGAGUUUGUAUCCCUUGCAGAGCUUCAAGACCAGCCGUACAGUGCCGACCUUUCCUUGGUAGCAGAGAACCAGCAGGUGCACCCCAUUACCAGGUCGUCUUCUUGUUGGCUGGUGCAUCCUCCUGCAGCACAGGAGCCUGCAGAACCUUGUGCACCUCCUUCAGAUCACCACUCAAUGUCCCUAUGCAGAGACCUGGAGCCCUAUGUCAGCCUGGUGUCUGAGCUGGAGAAUGUGAAUAAACAGGAGAAUAAAGAAGGAGGAGAACAGCAGGAGGAUACUGCCGCUGAGAAAGACUCCACGGAGAACUCAGCAGACAGCCGAGUGUGGCAGCAACCUAUAGUUUUCACCAACACAGCUUAUUACUACCUGUACAACCGUCUGGUGGAUUACCUCACCAGCAGGGACAUUGUUGCACAGCAGAUUAACCAAGUAGUGAAGGCCUGCCAGCCUGGAGAGGUGGUGAUUAGAGAUGCUCUGUACCGCCUCGGCGUUGCACAGAUCAGGACAGAUAAGGAGGAGGUUGAAGGAAGUGGGGAGGAGGGACAGACAGAGACAUAUGAGGUUGUCCUGUCUGAAUGAAAGUGUUCCGAGCAGACUUUUGCAGAAGUAAACCAUGUGGUAGGUAAAGAUAAGAACGCAGAAGUGGCCAGUGGAGUUUAUUGUGAAGAUGCUAUUAAAGACUAUUUAGUCCUAAGGUUAAAUCAGUGCUUUCUGAUGGGAAGGAUUUAAUCUCCCGUGUUUCUAUCCAUGAACGUUGCCUUUAAUUCCGGAUGCAUCAGUGCUUGGUAUUUUACUGCCACUUGUUGCCUUGAGUAUGUGUUUAGUAUACUGUGUUAAUGGACCUCAGGACUUCCUGUCUGAAUGGACAUCUGUGCAAGGAUGCAGUUGUUGACUAUUAUGAAUUGACCAAGGGUCUUAUAAAAAUGCGUAGCAGCAUGAUGUACUUUAGAAAAUAAAUUCAUUGUAAAUACAAAUUAAACAGAUAAUGUAAAAAACACAUGAGAAACAAUCGCUGUGGUAACAAAAAAAGAGUCAUUCAUUGAUAGAAAAUGUAAAUGAUAUGGCGCCACUGAAGCACCUUGGUGAAGAUUCACUAUCAUCAGUGAUGGUAUCUGGAUGACACCAUUCUUUACAAACCAAAGUGGACGAAACAUCUCCAGCCAAACUUUGUCAGACUGAUGAAGCUACCUAUAAGUCCAGAAGCCAUGAGUCAGCUUCCAUAUUACUAAACAUUAUCAAGCUAUGGAAAAGCAUUAAUUCUGCGCAUUAACAGUUAAUCCUGUUUUACUCCAAAAUUAAAUUUCAUGUAAAGGUCGUGUAAUAUGAAAAGAUUUUAUCUUCAUCAUAAAUGCCACCGUCAUACUUAAUUGGUUGAAGUAUUUGUUCACUAUCUUAAGCUCAAUGCUAAUGUUAAACCAGACCAUGACUGUCCAGCUGCUCAGACAACGGAUAUUUCCACAAUUUAUUUUUUCAGAUUUUCUAUUUUUAAAACUCUGUUUACUGUAAUAAGACAUAGUACAAUACGUCCAGUGUGUUUUUCCCCUUGAGCAAACUCAUCGUGAUUGGUGACUUACAUGACUUGUGUAAAGGCUUCAUAGGACUUAACCGCCAUUAAAUGUCAAAGAGAUAUAUUA